AUGGUGUUGGCGCAGAGACAUAUCUUGCUGCUGACGCGACUUGCCGCCUCCUUUGUUGCCGCACAAAAUGCCGGCGAGCAGCCUGAAACCGCGUUCAGCGUUCACCACGGGGUGGGGACCUGCUGUGCUGCGCGUCAGAUGGGCACGGCUGCGCUUGACGACUGCCUCAAGGGCGUGCUGCGCCGACAGCGGCGUGUAUGGGGCGAGAUGUCGAGCAAGAUCGGCAUUAUAAGCUUUUACGACGCGAAUCUGCGCGCCAGCUUCGCACCGUACGCGCAGUUCGUCAACGCGGCGUGGGCAGAGACCCACGGGCAUGCAAUGGUGCUCGAGGAUGAUCACUCGGCGGGCGAGUGGCGCGAGCCGCGCGACAUUCGUUGGACAAAGAUCGGGGUCAUGCUCAAGGCACUUGAGCCGGGUGGGUGGUGCGCAAAUUGCAAGGGCGUUGCGUGGGUCGACGCCGACCUGGCGGACGCAGACGUGCGGUAUAUGGUGAACUCGGGCUUCAUCCUCGCGCGCAAUGACGCGCACGGGCUCGCCGUGCUCCGCGCAUGGUGGGCGCAGGACCAUGGGCAGAAUGAGCAGGAGGCAUUCUCCAAACUGUGGCAAGCCAACUCGCCCGACAAGAGCCUGUCCUACCAAAUCGGCCAAAAGUCGCUGCCGUGGCUGCGAGAUCGCGUGGCAGUCCUGCCACCGAGCGCGCUCAACUCCGACUGCUGCCCCUUGGCCGCGAAGUACACCACGGACGCGCGAGUUCUCCACUUGAUGGGCGUGUCGGGCCAGGUGCGCGCGGCAGUCUUCAGCGAGGCUGCAGACGCGCUCUGCACGGCUGCUGCGUCCGCCCCAGAGGCGCAGCGCAUACUGCCGGCCGGCACGCUGCCGCGACAGCUGCGGCUGACGCCGGGGCGGCUGCUGAGGCUGUUUGAGCGCGAGUCGUGCACCGCGAUGCGGCGUGAACUUGCAGCGCUUCGGCGCGAGGCUGCGCGCGGGAAGCUCGACGCCGCGUUUGUGCAAGCGGUGGGCAAGUAUCGGCAGACGAGCAAUUUAUGUGUGACGCCGCUGGCGGCGGCAGGCCAGGAAGAGCCGGCGCACGCUGUCGCGUCCGGCGUGUGGGAGGAGUUGCGCGGCCUCGCGCAGCGGUUCUUGAAGCGCCCAGAGGUCGAUGCUGGGAAGCCACUGUGUCACACAGUGCCAAUCGAGGAACUGAUGCAUUACUAUUGGCUCGUCGUCUUCACAUACGACGCGGCUAGCGCGCUGGGCGUGGCCGAGGGCGACAGCGGCAAGAUGAAGCUGGUGCCUCAGAUGGUCGAGUUUCUUUCUUCCUUCGACAGCACCUCCAUCGCCGCGCUCGCCGAAGUGCGGCGAGACGCCGCUGACGACCUUAUCACCCGGAAGGCCAGCAUGCAGCUCGAGAAUGGGCGGCUGAAGCUGAGGCUCACCGCCGACGCGGCUGCAGCUCGAGGGACGCGGAGCGAGACGGCGGAGGAGACGGCGAGGCGGACGGAGAUCGUCGCGGAGGCGGAGGCGAGCUUCCGUGCCGCGCUCGAAACCUCCAAAGGGCUCGCCUCCACUCCGGCCCAAGAGGGCGCCUCGAUGGAGACGCUGUACCACCUCUCCGGAUUGCUCGAGGCGCGUGGCUCCACACGUACUGGAUCGAUCAGCGAUUUCGCGGCCGUGCAAGAGGCAUACGAUUGCAUGCGGCGUAGUGCCGCGGCCACCCGAGCGAUGCUGGCAGGCGCCGCCGGGGGUACCAACCGCAAGUCGCUCAUGCAGCUGGAGGCACGGUGCGCAAUGCUCGCGCACAAGCUGGCUGAUGUGCAGAACGCCGCGGCCCACGCGCGGAAGAGCUUGCAGCUGCGCGAGCAGCUGCAGCUGGACCCGCAGGUCUGGCCCGAAGUUGGGCGGUUGCAGGCGAUCGUGGCGCUCGCGUUGCCAAAGGGCGAAGACUCGCACGAGAGCUGUCGCCAGUGGUCGGUGAUGGGCGAGUGCACCGCCAACCCCUCCUUCAUGCUGGAGCAGUGCAAGACUUCCUGCGCUUUCUGGGACAGCGUCCGCGCAGAAAGUGGCGGGUCGGCCGGACCGGAGACAGCGCCCGCGGCAGCCACCAGCGUCUCAGCGGGGAGGGCGGAUGAGUCGACGGCGACGAGGCCGCGGUGGGUGCUUGAGCCAGAGGGCAUGGCUUCGGCGGCGACGAUUGCUGCGCUCGCUACGCUCCUUCUCCUCGUGGCGCGCGCCAGGUAUCCUCGCAGCGCCGCCGCAUCGGAGGGGAGGUUGACACGCAAAAGGAAGAGCGGCAAGCAGAGAUAG